AUGGGUGAUUUGAACAGCAGAACGGGACGACGAGGCAACUGCAAAGUUGUUGGACCGUUCGGGGAGGAUGCUGUUAAUGAUAAUGGAGAUCGGCUCAUCGAUAUUUGUUCCCAAAUGGAGAUGAAAAUUCUGAAUGGUUUUUUCCAGCACAAAGACAUCCAUAAAUACACCUGGGUCCAGCCUACUCGAGGAUUGAAAUCCAUCAUUGAUUACGUGAUAGUGAGGCAGGCAACUAAAUUGAAAGUGCAGCAAGUACGAGUUUACAGGGGACUUUCUUGCGGCAGUGAUCAUCAUUUCCUCCGGGCAGAUGUAGCGUUCCCUGUUAAGGGCAGUAAGGACAAACAGCCAAUGCAGCAACAACAGCAGAGGCAGGGAUCACAAGAACAAGAAGUGUGGUAUAAUAUUGAAAGUUUGGAGCACCCCAGCGUUAAGGCACUGUACAGGCAACGCUUGGAUGAGAAGCUGGGGGACGGAUCAUCUGGAACCACGGAAGAACAAUAUCAAUUUAUUAAAGAAUGCAUCCACUCUGCUGCAAAAGAAGCCCUAGGUGUUUACAAGCCCAGUCAUAAAGACCAGCGCCCGUACUGGUGGGAUAGAGAAAUAGAAGACGAAAUUAAUCUGAAGAGGCAAAAACAUCAAAUUUUCUUGUCGUCUAAGAAAGCGGAAGAUAAAGUUGCGUACAGGAAAGCUCAGUCUAAAAGCGCGCUCUACCAACAGGAAUCAGGAUGA